AUGGACGUGCUUCCCGCCGAGGUCGAGCAGGGCAACGUCGAGUACAAGGUCCAGCUGCUCAACCCGUCGCCAGAGCGCUUCCAGCACCUCGUGACGCAAAUGAACUGGCGCCUCAACGAAGGCCACGGUGAAGCCUUCUACGAGAUGGGCGUCUCAGACGGCGGUCGCAUCGUGGGCAUGUCUCCGAAAGACCUCGAGAUGAGCCUCGCCACGCUCUACCGCAUGUGCCAAGUGCUCGGCGCUGAAAUGCGGCUCGUCACGCUUCGCGACGGCAACGAGCCCGGGCGCAAGGCCGCGCGGGUGUGCAUCUCGCGCAUCGCCGACACGCAUGCAAAGAAGCAAGUGCGAGUGUCGGUGAUUGGCAGUGUCGAAAGCGGCAAGUCGACCCUCAUCGGGGUUCUCACCCGCGGCUGCCUCGACGACGGCCAUGGACUGGCGCGUAUGCAAGUCUUCCGCCACUUGCACGAAGUCGAGGACGGGCGGACGUCGAGCAUCAGCGAGCAGAUUAUGGGCGUGACCAAGGACGGCAAGAUUUGUAAAUUCAACACGCUCGAGAGCCGCCACGCGUCCAGCAUCGAGUCCCAGAGCCACAAGCUCGUGAUGUUUAGCGACCUUGCGGGCCACGAACGCUACCUCAAGAUCACGGGUACACCCACUAUUUGA